AUUGUUGUGAUAAACUUAUUAAAUAGAUCUAGUUAUGCAAUUCGAUCUGAAUGAUUGAUUGGUAAAAAUGGAUAAUUACAACUUCAAUGUGCCAAUAGUGGAUUUGAACGUGAACAAUUUCAAUGUGAAAAGUUACCGCUCAUUACUUGAGGUUAUCAACAAUGCUUCAUUCUGCUCUAUUGAUUUUGAACUUAGUGGAUUGGGUUUGGGUCAAAGUUCAAGAACUGCGACGGUGCAGGAGCGAUACGAAGACGUGAGACAUGCUGCCCAGACGAGAUCUAUUGUCAGUUUGGGCGUAUCUUUCUUCCUCUACAACCCAAAACAACAGAAAGAAAAAUGUCUCCCGUUUGAUGUCUACGUGUUUGACGCUAAAACACUCUGCAAUGAAAACUUCAUAAUUGAGCCGAAAGCUGCCAAAUUUCUCAUUAAACAUGGCUUUGACUUCAACCAAUUAUUCCAAAUAGGAUUGCCCUACAGUCUAGACGAAAGAGAUGAGCUAAAUGUAACUAAAUACGUGAGCCAACUUAAACCAGAGAACUUGUCUAUUCGCUUGGUAAUUCUUCAGAUUAUUCGACACAAAUUACCGAUUGUAUUUCACAAUGGCUUUUGCGACUUGGUUUUUAUGUACCAUCAUUUUUACCAAGAUUUGCCCGAAAAAGCGGACGUGUUUCAGCAGGAUGUGAAUGAUUUGUUUCGAGGAGGUGUUUACGAUACAAAAUAUAUAUCUUUCGACGCUGAAGAUUUAUCUUGUAGUUAUUUAAGUUAUAUUUUCAAGAAAAUUCAGAGAAACGAUGCAAUAAACAAGGCAAAUAAACUUAAAAAUGUCGUGAUAUCCUUCCCUAAAUUUGACAGCAUAGAACCGACUAUUAACGUGCCUUGCAAGUUGGGUAAAAAAUUCCACAGUCUGUUAAACGGAGUUGACAUUUCACUGCAACCUGGGUUUGCGAUUUGUGAGAAAUUUGCUCAGAGUGGCUAUUGUUUGAUUGGGAGUGAGUGUUCGUAUAGUCAUAAUGUGGAUGAUAUCCUAGACGCGGAAUAUUAUUACACACAUCAAAGAGCGCAAAAACGAAUAAAACUUGACAAAAACUCGAGUUUCGGAGCGAGUGUUGAGAAAAGUUCGCAAGAUGAAAAAACACAGAAUGAUACGAAUUGUUCGUUUGGACAUCGAGCUGGUUUUGAUUCGUUUAUUACCGGAUAUUGUUUUGCUUAUUUUCUUCUAGCGCGUGAAAAACCGAGUUCGUCGCAUGAGUUGUGUGAUACACGUGAAGACUUUCUUCAGGCGAAUUUUAAUAUUGAGCAUAUGAGAAAUAGAUUGGCUCUGGUCAAAAAGACACACCCUUUUUGCCUUAUGAAGAGCAACUUCGUGAAAAAGUCGACGGAACAUUUGAAAAAAUCUGAAAUUUUAUUUGGGCCAAUAAAAUGAAGCUCAAACGAAUAAACGUUAAGCAUUCAUUCGGUGCUUUUCAUGAUAAAAACUGAUAAAAUUUUUAGUUUGUUGCUUGUUCAACUGAAAGUUGUUGUUGUUACUUAUUUAAUAUUUGCUGAAAUAAAUUUGGUACAAUA